AUGUACUCCUCCGAGGAGCUGUGGAACUCCACCGAGCAGGUCUGGAUCAAUGGAUCCGGAACAAACUUCUCUCUAGGAAGACACGAAGACGAUGAGGAGGAGGAAGGAGACAAGCAUCCUUUCUUCACGGAUGCCUGGCUGGUCCCUCUGUUCUUCUCUCUCAUCAUGCUGGUCGGACUGGUGGGCAACUCACUGGUCAUUUAUGUCAUUUCAAAACACAGACAGAUGAGGACGGCAACCAACUUCUACAUAGCAAACCUGGCCGCCACUGACAUCAUCUUCUUGGUGUGCUGCGUCCCCUUCACCGCCACCCUUUACCCCCUCCCUGGAUGGAUCUUUGGCAACUUCAUGUGCAAAUUUGUCGCCUUUCUGCAGCAGGUGACGGUGCAAGCCACCUGCAUCACCCUGACUGCCAUGAGUGGAGACCGCUGUUAUGUGACAGUCUACCCCCUCAAAUCUCUUCGGCACCGAACCCCCAAAGUAGCCAUGAUUGUCAGCAUUUGCAUUUGGAUCGGUUCUUUCAUCCUCUCUACACCAAUUUUAAUGUACCAGCGUAUAGAGGAGGGCUACUGGUACGGCCCGAGGCAAUACUGCAUGGAGAGAUUUCCCUCUAAGACACAUGAGAGGGCUUUCAUCCUGUACCAGUUCAUUGCUGCCUACCUGCUGCCUGUGCUCACUAUCUCUUUCUGCUACACUCUGAUGGUUAAGAGGGUUGGCCAGCCCACUGUAGAACCUGUAGACAAUAAUUAUCAGGUGAAUCUCCUGUCUGAGAGAACAAUCAGCAUCCGGAGCAAAGUUUCCAAGAUGGUGGUAGUGAUUGUGCUUCUCUUUGCCAUCUGCUGGGGGCCCAUCCAGAUCUUUGUCCUCUUCCAGUCUUUCUAUCCUAACUACCAGCCUAACUACGCCACAUACAAGAUCAAGACGUGGGCCAACUGCAUGUCCUACGCCAACUCCUCUGUCAACCCCAUAGUUUAUGGCUUUAUGGGAGCUAGUUUCCAAAAGUCUUUCAGGAAAACUUUUCCCUUCCUGUUCAAGCACAAGGUCAGAGACAGCAGCAUGGCUUCAAGGACUGCCAAUGCUGAGAUUAAGUUUGUUGCUGCGGAGGAAGGCAACAAUAAUAACGCGGUGAACUGA